AUGCCGCUUUCCAGCACCUGUCAAAAUUGUGCCAAGUCCAAGGUUCGGUGUGUACGAAGUAGUGAAGAGUCGGAUAUCUGCUCUCGGUGUGCGCGCUUAAACAAACAAUGUGUAUAUCGUGAGACCGGUCGGCGCUUCAAGGGGUUCAAAAAAGAUCGGCAGAUUGAAGCUCUGGAGUCAAGGAUCAAUGAACUCAUGACCCACUCUAAAUUAACUCCAGCAAACCAAACAACCCGUGGAAAUGCUACACACAGCCUGAACGGAGAAGAAACAGACGAAACCAGGUUGGACGUCAUUGCGCAAGGUCUAGUCAAUAUGGAAACUGCGCAGUCGUUGAUAGAUCUCUAUAAAUCGGACAUGAGGUUACAUUUUCCAUUCGUCGUUAUCUCGUCGCAGGUCACGGCUUCAGAUCUCCGGCAACAGAAGCCAUUUCUCUUUCUGGCCGUACUUGCAUCCGCGGCAUAUUCCAACAUGCCACUUCAGAGAUUGCUAGGCAAGGAAAUAAGAAAGGUCAUUGCUUCUCGCAUGGUCCUGCACGGAGAGGUUUCGUUUGAGCUUCUACAAGGAAUGCUGGUCUUUCUCGCUUGGUCCCAUUACCAUUCACGACCCCAUCGCUACACGCAGUUCCUACAGUUGGCUAUAGGCCUUAUGAUCGAGCUACGGCUGGAUCGGCCACCACAGACGAAGACAUGGAAGACGGCGCUCAGAUUCAACACGGAAUAUGCACUGGACGAUGAAAAAUAUGUUCGACCAUCCUGGGGCCUAGACGAGCAGAGAGCAGUUGUUGGGUGCUAUUACCUGUCAUCCACGUAA